AUGGUUGCAGAGAUCUUGAGGGAGUACGGUUUGACAGUGACUGAAGACCAAUGUGCAAAGGCGAAGACCAAAGUUCUUAAAGAAAGGAAAGUGACACAUCAAGAACAUUUUGCUCGUAUCUUUGAUUAUCAAGCAGAGAUCUUCCGAUCUAAUCCGGAUACAACAUUUGAGAUUGAGACUGUACCGGGUACAACCAUUGGAAGCUUACAAAGGUUUUACCGUCUGUUCAUUUGUUUUAAGUCACAAAGAGAUUCUUGGAAGCAUACAUGCAGACCUAUCAUAGGAAUAGAUGGUGCGUUUCUGAAGUGGGACGUUAAAGGUCAACUCUUAGCUGUUGUGGGAAGAGAUGGAGAUAAUAGGAUUGUUCCUAUUGCAUGGGCUGUUGUUGAGAUUGAGAAUAAUGAUAACUGGGACUGGUUUCUUAGGAUGCUCAGUGCGAAGUUGGAUCUUAAAGAUGGGAAAAAGUUCACAGUCAUCUCAGACAAACAAUCGGGUUUAGUGAAAGCACUCCAAACAGUCAUUCCAGAAGCUGAGCAUAGGCAGUGUUCUAGGCACAUCAUGGAAAACUGGAAAAGAAACAACCAUGAGAUGGAGCUGCAGAGACUCUUCUGGAAGAUAGCUAGAAGCUACACGGUAGGAGAAUUCAAUGGGUAUAUGCUGGAGCUGAAGAAUUACAAUCCAAGUGCCUAUGAGUCUCUACUGAAGACUAAUCCCAGGACAAUCCGCCAAGCGAGAUGGAAACCGUUACUAGAGAUGUUGGAAGACAUUAGAAGGCAGUGUAUGGUGCGCAAUGCCAAGAGAUAUAUAGUCGCUUGUAGAUUGAAGACUCGAUUCACAAAGAGAGCUCAUGCUGAGAUAGAGAAAAAUAUUGCUGGGGCACAGGCUUGUCAAAGGUGGAUGGCAAGACACAACAAACAUGAAAUAAAAGAUGGUGAUAUGAUUUACGAAGUGGACAUGAGUGCUCGUACAUGUGGUUGUAUAAAGUGGCAGAUGACAGGGAUACCAUGUGCUCAUGCUGCAUCUGUCAUCAUAGGGAAGAAAGAGAAAGUUGAAGAUUAUGUUGUGGACUGGUACAUAGCAAGAAUGUGGGAGCUAACAUACUACGAUGGUAUUAGGCCUGUUCAAAGCAAGCUCUUGUGGCCAUGUGUGAACAGAUUAGGAGUGUUGCCACCUCCAUGGAGAAGAGGCAAUCCUGGUAGACCAAAUAACCAUGCUAGGCGAAAGGGGAUGUUUGAGACUGCUUCUAGCUCCAACACCACAUUAUCACGCAUGAACCGUGUCAUGACAUGUUCAAACUGCAAGGAAGAAGGACACAACAAAGCAAGCUGUAAGAAUCCGGGAGUUGCAACUCCACCAAGGAGAGCAAGAGGUCGACCAAGAAAAGAUCAGGAACCGAGGAUUAUCUUAUUUGAACAAGGACAACCGUUGGUUGGAGAAACAUCUCAGGGACCAUCUUCUCAGGGACCACAACCGCAGGAACCAUCAUCUCAGGGACCACCACCGCAGGAACCAUCAUCUCAGGGACCACCAAAUCAUGGAACAUCACAGAGAGGAGGAUCAUCACAGCGAGGACGAUCAUCACAGCGAGGACGAUCACAUAUACCACCAAAUAAGAGAGGAAGAGCACAUAUACCACCACUGCAGACAGGAGGAUCUCAGGAUGCAUCUCAGGGAGGCGGAAGUUCUCGGACAGGAGGUUGGCGUCCAUGGUUUCAAUGUUCAAGCUAA